AUGGCUCUUCUAUUUCCAAAGCCAUUUCCUCAAAAGCCCCGCUCGCGACUUCCUAUAGUUUUAUAUAUUUCAUCAAUAAUUCUCUGUCUCAUUUUGUUUUACGGAUCUGCCGUUUACUGCCAGUAUGAUCGAUGUGAAAACUCAUUUGUCUAUCCGGAAAAAAAUCGAAUGUAUGCUUUGUACUUCCCAAUCUUUGUUGCUCCUCUGAUUGGAUUGCUUUCAACAGCUUGGUUAAUAACUAAUCUGUUUUAUACAAAUACACCUUGUGCUAUAGCAUAUAAUUGUCUUGAAAUGCCGUGUGCCGUCUUCUGCUCACUUCUAUCUGGUGUCAGUGCUGUGAUUGUAAUUCAUUAUUCAUUCGAUUACGUAACCCAAAAAUGGAGUGAACAGUGGGCAUUAGCAGCUGCAGAUGCAAUAGCAUUAGGAGCCGUUCAUGCAGUAUUAGCAUUUGGUUUACAGUAA